UACUUUUCGAUGUACUGUUUGUUGAGCUACUUUUGAAAAAGUAAUCGGCUGUUAGUAGCCAAUGGUUGAUGAACGCGGGUAUUCAGAGAGUGAAUUUGCUGGGAAUGAUUUCGAUGAUUUUGACGAUGAAGAAUAUUGUGAUAGAGUAGAAGAAGAUGAAGAGGAAGAAGAAGAUGAGGAUGAUGAGGAUGACUACAAAGAGGAGAAUGCACGUCAGGAAACUGAAGAACAAGCACGAGCACUUCUUGAAAAAGCCAAGACAUCCAAAGUUGUCUUUGUAGUGAGAACAAAUGUUGCAUUUCAUGGAUCGUUAUCAGAUGACUGUCCAGUCCCUGGAAUGGCUGUUAGCUUCCAGGUUAAAGAUUUCCUGCAUAUUAAAGAAAAGUUUAAUAAUGAAUGGUGGAUUGGUCGGUUAGUUAAAGAAGGCUGUGAGAUUGGCUUUAUCCCAUCACCUGCAAAAUUAGAAGCAAUGCAGAAUUUUGGUUCUAGAGGAAUGAGCAAAAGUUCUACAGGAAAUUUCGAUAAUGCACGAAGUGGUAAUUCAAGACCUUCUACACCUCCUGCUGAUGUUGAUGCAAACAACAGAAGUUAUGAUGAAGAUGGAAAUCCUAGAAGAGAAACAGUAGCUGGGAAAAUUUCUGUCAGUGCAAGAGGUGGUCGUAAACCAUUUUUCAAAAAGAGUGACAAUUUACCUCCAUACGAUGUUGUACCAUCUAUGCGUCCUGUUGUUUUAAUUGGUCCAUCAUUAAAAGGCUAUGAAGUGACUGAUAUGAUGCAGAAAGCUUUAUUCGACUUUCUAAAACGACGUUUUGAAGGAAGAAUUAUCAUAACAAGAGUGACAGCAGACAUCUCUCUGGCUAAAAGAUCUUUACUGAAUAAUCCGACAAGAAGAGCUAUUAUAGACAAGUCUUCUGCAAGAAAUCAGUCACUUGAGGUUCAACAGGAAAUUGAACGUAUAUUCGAUUUAGCGCGGACACAACAACUUGUUGUACUAGACUGUGAUACAAUUAAUCAUCCAAGUCAAUUAGCUAAAACUUCACUUGCACCUAUUACUGUUUAUUUAAAAAUUAGUUCAACAAAAGUAUUACAACGUUUGAUUAAAACACGCGGUAAAUCUCAAGCGCGUAAUAUGAAUGUUCAAAUGGUUGCAGCUGAAAAACUUCUGCAAUGCACUAAUGAUCAAUUUGAUGUAAUUUUAGAAGAAAAUCAACUUCCAGAUGCAUGUGAACAUUUAGCUGAAUACUUAGAAGCCUAUUGGAGAGCUAGUCAUCCAACAGGGAAAGUUACAAAAGCAGAACGUAUUCUUGGCAUUGGUACUGGUGGUGGUGGUAAUCCCAGUCAACCUGUUGAAAAUGAUACAGUUCAUGGAAUGCAUCGACGUCAAAGUAAUGGAUUUAAAAAUGAUAAAAAGAAGGGUAAAAAUGAUCAAGACCAUCAUAAUCAACAUCAUCAUCAAGGAUCUAAGCAUUAUCCAAAUUCAACGAAUUCACCAAGACGAGAUUCACAACAGUAUGAUAAUGAUGCACGUUAUCGUGAUGAACAUGAACAAUCAUCUGACGAUUAUAACCAUGAACAGUACAAUGAACCACGACGAGUUAUGAAUACUCCUCUAACGGAUGGUUAUACUUCACCUCAUGAAUCACGGAUUCCUUUAAAUCAAGCAAUGCGACAUGAUAGAUACCCACCAGAACAUGAUCGAAUGAAUCGUCCCCCAGUUGGAGUAAACAACAGAUAUAAUCAAUCUCAAUACGAUGCUGAAGGGAUGGGAUCACCAGUGGAGCAUGAACGCUUUCUUGAGGGUGCAGAAUACUCUAGACCGAGACGAAGUCGUCAAGGUUCAAUUAUGAUAUAAAACAAACUAACUAACCAAGUGUUUAUAUCUAAUGCGCAUAAUAACAAUACUUAAUUACUUUGAUCAUAUAACAGAAAUAACCUCUGAAACGCGGAAUAUUUAUAUAAUAUAUGUGAUAUUAAAUUGCCAUGUAAAAUACUCUUCUUAUCAACUAAAGCAUUUUUGCAUUCCAUUCAUAUAUUUGUUCUCAUAAAUAACAAUGAAUACUUACAACACCUGCAUUCCAAAAAAUUAUUUUGUUUUUCUUUAUGAUUUUACAAUUUACUAGAGAUGGUUUUUACUUUUUCUCUGUAUGAAAUAUGGACGGACAAAACUUAAUUUAUGUUCACAAAUUAGAUUUAUAGCUUAAUUUAAAUGUUCUUUUAUUCAUAACAACAUUCCAUUCAGAUUAUUAAUGAACACCUAUUUGUAAUAAAUUAUACGCUUUAUUAGUUAAUUCAAGUUUAAAGUAUGUAAAAAUGUC